AUGCGCAAAUGGAUCCAGAGGAGGGCUGUGCUGUGUAGGCUGUAACGUUAGUCUACAUAAGACCUCUGCCUGCGGGACUGCACACGCACUGCCGACUGGAAACCACAGGCAGCAGCUGGACCAUCGACUUGUGUUCACCUUCCACUGAUUUCAUGAGGAAAACAUAAAUCCAGCAGAGCCUUGGGAUCUCUCCAACAACCCCCUCCUCCUCCUCUUAUUCCUAACCAUCUCGGACCACGGAUGCAGAGAGCAGCAGCAGCGAUGCGGCGGCUCUGCUGUUAAUAACUCGCUGGACGCUUCCCUCUCUGUUUUUGCCGGUUUUAUCUAAAGGAGGCAGACUGAACCCAAAAUGAAGCUCAAACCGAACCAGACCAGGACAUACGAUGGCGAGGGCUUCAAGAAACGAGCGGCGUGUCUGUGCUUCAAGAAUGAACGUGAAGAGGAGGUUCUGCUGGUCAGCAGCAGUCGGCACCCGGACCAGUGGAUCGUCCCCGGAGGUGGGAUGGAGCCAGAGGAGGAGCCAUGUGGUGCUGCAGUGCGAGAGGUGUUUGAGGAGGCCGGUGUGAAGGGCAAGCUAGGACGUCUGCUCGGCGUGUUUGAGCAAAACCAGGAUCGGAAGCACCGGACCUAUGUGUAUGUCUUGACCGUCACAGAAACACUGGAGGCCUGGGAGGACUCCGUCAACAUAGGUCGUAAGCGGGAGUGGUUCACCGUGGACGAGGCCAUCAAAGUGCUGCAGAGCCACAAACCCGUCCAUGCUGAGUACUUGCGGAGGCUCCAGCUCAACUGCUCCCCAACCAACGGAAACUCCAUCCUCCCGAGCCCACCGCCAAACGACAACUACCCACACUACAGCGCCACCGCCACCACGCCCUCAACGGGCAACGUGCUGGGCUCCUCCUGCAGAUAGGACUGCACCUAAACCUCACGUCCUGUCCGGCCCCGGACAGCCCACUGAAAGUCUGUACAGUCUUGCAUGAAUCUAAUGACUUCUUUCAGAGCUCCGGCUCUCCUGUAUGUAUAAUUUUUAGUCUUAGCUGCAGGACAGACCAAAGCCAUCACCAGAACUGUGUUCAAGACUCAUGUGACGGAGCGGGAGAAGUCUCUGACAGGAAAACUGUGGAUAUCUCAAGAACUCUUUUUUUCUUUUGCUGGCAAACACAAAACUGAUGAGCUGAAGCUUGGGAAGAGGAAGCUGCAGACUCAGCUGGCGUCGAUGACCUGGUGAAGGAAUGCCUUACAGAAACUUUGUAUGAAUGUUGUAUUCGGGUCGUUUUACUUCACUAACGGUCAUUUUUAUUUUGUUUUUAGUAGAAUGGAUAUGCUUUCUAGUCAAUAAAAGAGUAAUUGACCCCAAAGCACGUCCAUGUGGGGAAUGUUUCCAGACUUAAGGUUUUAGUCAUCAACCUAUGAUGAUAUAUUCUACUACAUGGAUCUCGAUUCAAAAAAGACACCUGAGCAGUAAUACAUCUCAAGGUUCUCAUCUGUUUCAUUUUGAUGUAAUCAUCACUUAUUAACAUUUUUCUAAACUUUAAAUUGGCCUAACAUGAUAAAUGAUUCCUAUCAAAAUUGGAUAAUGGUGUUAAGAUAAUGGUAAGUAAAGUGAAAAUGCUACAGUGGAAAAUGUCAUUCCAGAAAUGGCUUGUGUUCCUAAAUGGCAGGGUCAAAGGUCAAAAGUGUUCACCUUGCAGGUCAGCACCAGCUGUCAGUGAGUUGAUACGUCAGUAAACUGGAUCUGAGUCAUGCUGCUAUGUUCGAUAACCUUUCACACGACUCUUUGAAACUUCAGCCAAUGACCACAAAGUUAGGACGCCGCUAACACUAACCUUGACUGAUCCAACAAACUGGUCUGUUGACUGUUUAAAGUCACAUACCUUUGUUCCUGUUUCCCACACUGUCAAAGUGAAAGUAUUCAAUGAUGUAAAGUACAUGUUUGCCUUAGGUAUUACGUGCUGCUAGGGUCACCUUAAUUUAAGGUAGAUUUUCUUUAAAUGAAAAUAAUCACGGAUGACUGCUCUUCAAAUUAACGUCCAGCUGUUUUAUCACGUCUCAUAGUGCUACAAGGCAAUCUGGUAACACCGGCCACCAGAAAUAAUUUUCAUGAAUGCGAUGAUUGUUUUUCCACCGUCUGCUUGUAACUAAAGCCAGAGAUAUACUUGCCUUUGAUUAUGCACUCCAUGCCCAUGACAGCUGCCUGGCAUAUUCUGCAUCUGUCCUGCGUCCUCUGAAAUUAAUGCUAUGCGUCCACACAGUGGGCGCAGUACGUGAUGAUGUGAGUAUGUUCUUGAUUUAGGAUCCUUGUUGCUGCCUUCAUACGAACUGGAGACCUGAUUUGUUCUAGGCAUGUGCAGAGAUGGUUGGGGUUAGGCAUUGACCUCAAAUGGUUAGGGCGAGGACAGCCCAUUGGACAGGCAAUAGGUCCAGGGGUCUCAUUUCUAAAACAAUGCGUAGGAUCCAUACAAAAAAUGUACGUAUGAACAAAAGCCAAAAAUGGUAUGCACCAAAAAAUAUUUGACAAUUUCAUACAAUCAGGCAUCACCAAUUUCCCGUCUCCAAAAUGUUCGUAAGCAUGGGUCAGAGUUUCUCCAUCACAACUUUUGUGUGGGAAGUGACGUGCGCCUCUUUCAGGCCUUGUUUUGUACGCACAGAAUGUUUAUAAAUGAGACCCCAGGUCCCAAGGAACAGCGUCAGGUUUCGAGACCAAAUUUUGUAGUGGCCAAACAUUGUAACUACAACUCCUGAGUCUGGCAUGUAAUGCCAGUGGGCCCAGAAAGACUUUUUCUGAUAGACCUACACUGGGAAAGAAAUGCCUGUUAAUCGGUGGAUACAUUUGUUUGAGCGUCCCUCGCAAAAUGACUCAUUCCACUAUCAGGACUUGAUCCAUUUGGUCCGAUAACCUUUGGAAAGUCUGGAAUAGCUGCAAGAUUAAACUAAACCGAAAGUAGCCAGCUUGGCCGGCAGUUGUCUUGAGUAGGGUUGCAGUGAUAUACUAGUUUUAAGGUAUACCAUGAUAUGAAAAUUGAUGAUUAUCAUACAAUGUCCAUUUGCUUAUUUACGAUAUUGAAAAGUCGUGGUUGUUCGUCCAACCUGUGGACCCAACCCUCUCGGAAAGGCUCUAGUGCUAGCUGAACAAAUGGGGCUCCCGGUUGCGUCAGACCUUUUGUACGAUGGCGCCUUUUCUGCCAAGAGCUCAGAAUUAACAAUAGUUACCUCCUCGAGUGUUUAUCGUUAGCAUCACGCAAAACUCGAAGUGCUGUAUGGUCUGAGUUCUCUGGGGUGCCCUCUAGUGGAAUCUUCCAGAAACCCCUUUUCUACGUAGGCACGUAUGUGAACAGUUCACAUUAUGUGUGGUUUAAAAGCAAGUAUAUCACUGGCCUAAGAUUACUUGCAACUAGGGCUGCAACUAACAAUUAUUUUCAUCAUGGAUUAAUCUGCUGACUUAUUGUUAUUAAUCUAUGACUAUAAAUUAUCAAAAAAAUAGCCAUUGCAGCUUUUACUGGUUCAAGAAACAAACGUAAUGCAGUUUUAAUAUAAAUAUGUCAAUAUUUCUUAAUAGUUUUUUGGUUGUUGCUAAAAAAGCAAGAUUAUGGGUGCAUCAUAAGGUCUAAAAGGCAUACCACGUCGGCGGUGUGUCUAGGUCAUCCCAGCCUUUCUGUUUCCACGUUUCUCGUCAGCUUCACGAAUAUAUUUAGAAUAUAUACUCCCUCAAAAAUAUUCUCAAUAAAACAUCUACAUUUUGAAUAUAACAAAAGAAAUCCAAACAAAAAUGGCUCAAACUAUCAAAGUGUCACAUUUCAGAUCAUUAUUUUUCGCUCAUUGAAAAGAGACACCCGCUCACUCCUGUGCUGACAGCUGAAUGACAACGAAUAACCGUACAGAGAUUUGUAAAUGCAGCUUUGAAGAGAAACGUGUUUUUAACCUGAAUGUACCUGUACAAUUUCUCUUAAUAUUUUAUAUAUUUUUUAACAAUGUACAAAAGGCAGAAAAAAAAAACAAAUGUGUAGAAAACCCACUGAGAACAGUAUGUGUAUAUUUGUAUUGAUGACAAUGUGCCACGGGUUUAGGAUGUGAAGGUUGGUUGGUAUGAAGUAGAGACGGUUGAAUAAAAGCAUUUUUAAUCACAAUCUGGUGAUAUCAGUGUCAGGCAAGCGUAGAAGUUAACCGAAACUUUAGAUUGGCAAAAAAAUGACAGACUGGAUCUUUAAAAUUUUAGCGAUGUUGGGUAAACUAAAAGCAUUUUUUGUUCUUUUUUACAAAAUAUAUAUAGCAUCUUGCUAAUCUUGUGAUACACAAGACUGAGUAUUAAUGAAUAUAGACAUGAAUUCUACAAUUUGGGUUUUUACAAGAGUUUUAGAAAAUAAAAGUAGGACAGGGAUGUUUGGGAGGCUUUUGUCAAACACUUUUACUGACAAAUGUUUAUUUAAUUGCUUAUUCCAAUUUCCUCACAUAAGUUUGUGACCCGGACUUAUGCUGUAUUAUGUCUUAUCUGCAGUAUCAUAAACUUUGACACAUAAAUUCAGCUGUCAUAAACUUUCAGCCUGGAUCAACUGGUAAAAUAAGGCCUCCAACCACUUCAAACCUUUAUGUAUGUAUGCAUGUGAGUGUGUGUUGUGGGUUGAUGAAGGUAAAAUAUGAUGUGCCAAAUUAAAAUGUUGGUGUUCAGGUGGAAAAAUGUUGAUGUCAUGUUAUAUUAUACAUAAUUUUAGGCCAAACUCUUUGUGAAGAAAAAAAGAUCUUAAACAUUGUUUCAUAAACUCAUUGUAAUGUGAAAAAAAGAGAUUGACUGCACCCUUUAUUGUUGAAAUUAUAACUAACGAACCACAGGCACUUAUUCUUUUUACCGCAUCCUGUUUUUAAAAUCCACUUGUCACGUCACUGAGCAUAUCAGACGAUCCCAGACUACAAUCAAAAUAACAUCAAGUUAACUUAAACCUCAGUUUCCCCCUGAAACACCGCCCUCCCCCACUUAUUGUUUGAUGCUUGGGUCUAUGCUGAUCUGUGAAUGAAGAGUAAAGCAUGGCAGUGAGGAUAAGAAUCCCACACGUGAAAUGUAUGUACUCAAGUGCAAAAAUGUAAGACAAGCCUGGACACACACAUCCACUGAGUUACCAGUGGAUGUGGACAGCUUGACUGUCUGCUGCUGAACACACUGUAACGUCACAUGGAUGUAUCUAGAGCAUUUCACCCAGAGCAAACUUAAGACGUCUCACCGUUUUGACAUGAAUAUUACGCACAGAAAAGUUAAAUGUGAAAGUGAUCUGAAGACAUGAACUGGAUUGUUUUUGAGAAAAGAUUACAUUAAAGGGGAAAAAUCUAAUUGUA